UGUCAGAAAGUUCUUGUGGUGAGCAGUGUGUAUUUUUGUAGCUUCCUCUUCUAACCCCCGCAAACAUGAGCACCGUAAGAGGGAGGGAGGGAGGGAGAAAGUGAAAAAGGGAAGGCUGGUUGAGUGAUUAUGUGCUAAGGAGGUGCAUGUGUGUGUGUGUGUGUGGAGAGGUACGCCACUCUCUCUCUACUUUAAGAGCUUUACCACUUCAGCCAACAUCCCCUCCUCUCCUCCUCUCCUCCUCCUCUCCUCCGGACCAACGCAUGGACUUCAAGCUGCUUGAAAAGAAGGCAGAGAGGAAGGCAACUGUUCAGAAGAGAGAUAAAUGGUGAGAGGGAAGUCUGCUGUUGGUUUCCUGGACUGGAGUGUUACAGUCACAAUAGGAGGCAAUCCCCUUUUCCUGUGUGUGUGUGAAUGUUUUCCGUCCGCCCUCACGAGGACCAGCGGGAGCAGGAACUGGGCUGAAGAAGACUUCUGGAUGCAGCAGCAAAGAGGAGGACCAGCCAAAAGAGGAGACGGCAAAGUGAUAAAACAGAGAGAGGAGCAGCAGGAGUUGGACUGAGAAGACAGGAGGAAAGGAGUCAAAGUCUUGAGGGACUUUUUAACAAAAGACAGGAACAGAUAGAGGAGAUACAGAGGAGCAAAAGGAGCAACUCACCUGACUCACUCCUCUGCUCUGCCAGGAGGAGCACCUCCUUAUUCCCCUCUCCUCCCUCCCUCCCCUCCCCCUCUCCUCCCCUGACAUGGGCCCGCUGACCCUCGCCUACCUGGCCUACCUGCUGACGGCCGUCAUCAGCUCAGAGCGCCAGCAGCACCAGGUGCAGCACGGCGCCUGCAGCUACACCUUCAUCCUCCCCGAGGUGGAGCACUGCCGCCCCUUAAAGGACUUCCAGGUCACCAACACGCUGCAGAGGGACUCCCCGCCCGAGGCCGACCCGGAUACCAGCCAACCCAAGCCGGCCAAGGCCCAGAAGGAGAGGCCUUCCUGGCAGGAGAGGAAGUUGGAAAACCUCGAGAGUGCCAUGGAGAAUAACACCCAGUGGCUGCAGAAGCUGGAGGACUUCAUCCAGGAGAAUGUGCGCUCUGGGAUGGAGGAAAUGAAAAGAAGUGCGGUGCACACACAGACAGCUGCCAUGCUGGAAAUGGGAACCAACCUCCUCAGCCAAUCAGCAGAGCAGACCCGCAAACUGACAGACGUAGAGACCCAGGUGUUAAACCAGACAAGUCGCCUGGAGAUCCAGCUGCUGGAGUACUCGCUCUUCACUAACCGGCUAGAGAAACAUAUUCUCCUGCAGACUCAGGAGAUCUCACGCCUCAGUGACAAAAACAGUUUUCUGGAACAAAGGCUCUUAGGGCUGGAAGCUCGCUAUGGGAGGGAGCUGCAGGGCUUGCAGAGUGAAAAACAGCAGCUUCAAGAGCUCCUGGAGAGGCAGAGUCGACUGGUCAGUCAGCUCCAGGGAGAACUGGGCAGCUCCACGCUAAACAGCACCUUACUACAGAGGCAGCAGGCCGUGCUCACUGACACCGUGCAGCAGCUGCUGGCCAUGGUCAACCACUGCAAUGAAAUCUCCAGUAUGCCCAAGGAGGAGCCGCUUACUUUCAGAGACUGUGCAGAGAUCCUGCGCUCUGGAGUGACGGAGAGUGGAAUAUAUGGCAUACGCCUCCCCAACUCCACGCAGACUGUCAAGGUGUUCUGUGAUAUGAAGACUACAGGUGGUGGGUGGACGCUGCUGCAGCAUCGGAGAAACGGCUCCGUUAACUUCCAUCGUGGGUGGAGAGAUUACAAAAUGGGCUUUGGGGAGCCGUCUGGGGAACACUGGCUGGGGAAUGAUAUCAUCCACAAGCUGACCAGCUCCCAGGAAUACAGUCUGCAUGUCCAGCUCAGAGACAGAGAGGGGAACGAAGCAUUCUCACAUUACGAUCGCUUCUACAUAGACGGAGAGGACAACAACUACAGCCUUCAUGCAGAGGGCUUCAGUGGCACGGCUGGACGGACCAGUAGCCUCACCCAUAGUGGCACCCAGUUCAGCACCAAGGACAGGGACAACGACCGCUGCACCUGCAAGUGCGCCCAGCUCGCAUCAGGAGGUUGGUGGUUUGAGGCUUGUGGUCCGUCCAACCUGAAUGGCAUAUAUUACCCCAGCUCUUCUAGCGUGGUUCGCUACAACGGCAUCAAGUGGUACUAUUGGAAGGGUCCAAAUCUGAUGGCUACCAUGACAACCAUGAUGGUUCGCCCGGCAAACUUCUGACAGCAUGGCUCGUUCAUGAUGUCAGAUUGUGAAGCGAAUGUUGCCUCCGAUGAAUAAAAUGAAAAGAUAUCCAGGAAAUUGUAUAUUUUGGGAGGAAAUUUGAAUCCAACUAUUGGUGGUUUCAGCUUCUGGACAUCUUGGAGCAAGGCUUUAGCAAUUGCCUGGGGACAUAUGUGAACUUUCAGCAAAUGACUGUGGUGAAUUUCUAAGCAAUGAAUUCGACCCAACAAUAUCAAUUCAUAAAGGAUCUCAGAAUGUAUUUUAAUGAGGAUUGUGCUGAAAGAGGAAGAAGGUAAAAAAACACAACAGAUCACAACAAAUUAUGCAGUUACAUAAGACGUUACUCAACUCAACAUUAAAUUCACUUGAAUAGCUGAUAAAUGUUUAGAGACACUUUAUCGCAAUACCUAUUUUUAUAUUAAAAGUUUUAUAUUAAAAGUAUGAAAACUUU